GAAGACUUUUAGUGAAGGCUACAUUUAAACUGUAAUGCCAUGUUCCCUUCACAGUGCCCACAUCAAGAGCUCGGUCUUUCGUAGUGAGUAGGGCAUAGGGAUGAUCACUUUCGUUUGGAAUUUUCCCAAUGUUAUGAAAGCACCAGGAGAACGUUACAGCAGACCGGCGCGUGUCCAUGAGUGAAGGGUCUCCUGCAGAGCUGCUGACUGGCCGUGUUUCAAUGGGACCCUGCUAAGCGAUUCUCAUCUAUAUGAAGUUUAUUUGUGCGGAAACGUCAUGCCGUUUGAAGCUCAGCUGCGUCUUUGUCAGAGUUGUUUGUGGUGCUGUAAGAGUUUUCGGCGGCUGAUCUCACUGUCUACUGCGCACAGGUCAUCAGCAAAUUAUUAUGACCUUCUUGGGGUUAAACCAGAUGCUACGCUGGAUCAAAUAAAGAAUGCUUUUUUCGACAAGUCCAAAAAGCUGCAUCCAGACAGCGACCCAUCCAAUCCUGGUCUGCACGGUCAGUUUGUGCAGCUGAGCGAGGCGUACAGGGUGCUGAGCAGAGAAGGUUCUAGACGGGAUUAUGACCUCAAGCUGAGGUACCAGUUCACUGGAGAUCAGGCCUUCAGAACAUCCUCCAACUCCACAUACAGCACCAGUGCGGAGACUGCAGAGAGGAUGCGUUACUGGGAGCAGUUCAGACAGGCACAGCCUCAGGACAACACAGCUGAGGAGUGGGAGAAGAGAAAGAAGCGGAACAUGCGUUUGGUGGGCUAUUGCGUGCUCACCAUGCUAAUCAGCCUCUCUGCCCAUUACUUUGGGUUCAGGAAGCUGGAAGAGGUCCAUAAUAACUUCAUGGAUGAGAAGGACAGGAUCAUCAAUGAGAUCUACAAUGAAUCUAAAGAAAGAGCCAGAGUGAACGGUUUUAAGAAACAACAGGAGAUCUUGAGACAAAAACAUGCAGAUUUCCUGGAGAGAUACAAGAUCCGCAACAACGGAGAAGAGAAGUAAAGCGUGGAAGAUAAGGCAGCCUGAUCCAAAGGGAACUCAUCAGAUGCGUGAAUGUUGAAGAUUUAAAAGGAUUGUCUAUUAAAAGUUUUGGUCACGUUGUGUCAGAUACUCAAAUUAGAUCCAUCAGAUGAAGCUGUAUCAGUUUAGACAUCGAAUGCUUACAGAAUGUUUCAAAAUGUUACGACUUCCCUCAUACGGCAAUGUUGCAGUCUGUUUUUUGAACAGUUCAUGCAUUUAGAUUAAGAUCACAGUGACGGCAAAUAAAAUCAGGCUGAUUAUAGUUUCUCAUUAGGUGUCUAAAACACCUGUACAUCUACUGUAUUGCCUGCAUUUACAGGCGACAUCGCAACUGCACCUAGAAAGGGUGUUAUGGAAACAUUGCAUCCCUGAUUAAGUAGUUCAUGAAAACACUGUACAUCGUGCACUUUGUUAAGUUCAAUGUGUAUGUGUGGGACUGGGAGAGAGAGCUUUUCAUGGAAGAAUGUUCUACAUAUGGACAAAACACUGCUGUUCAGUGUUGUAGCAUAAAUACUUAUUUUCCAACUCUGUUGGAUGCCACAACCAUUAAUAAUCUUAUCUCAAACAGGGAGUGAAUGGUGCUUUGGGAAUGAAUCUGAUGUUGUAAUGUUUUUCACCCAUGCCAUAUAUCAUGUACAUCUCGAAGUAGUGAACUAUACAGCAGGAUUUUUAUAGACAAGAUCAUCCUGAAUCCUUUUUUUGUUGUUGUUUUUUAGAUCCAUUACACAGACACCUCCAAUCACAAGAAAGUGUUUUAAGCUGUUUGAGUUGCCUUACUUGAAGUAUUUUAGGUUUUUACAUAAAAUGGUUAUACUGCAAUAGACAACCAGUCAAAACGAUCAGAGCGCCUUUAUCCUCACCCAAUUAUUAGGGAUUGUGUGUUAGAUAGUUUUAAUGAGAGCCUUAAUGUUUCUGUUUGUCAUUGUUUCUUGCAGGGAUGAGUAAUUAAAAUGAUAUGAAACUCCAAUAGGACUCCAAUAAAUUAU